GAAAAAAACUGCGUUGCUGUCACUCCCGUUUGCCUGUCGUUUCUAUUUCAUUUUACAAUUAUUGUGCUUGUGAAAACUCAAAAAUGCAAUUCUAAAGUGAAAUUUAUAAUUUUAAAAGACUUUGACAUCAAAAUAAAUUAAUUAUAUUGUUUUAAUAGAAAGUGUAACAAGUUUCUUACUAUAGUUUUAUUUGAAAAUAAACCUUGAGCAAUGUCUGAUGAUGCGGAGCAGCAAUCUGAGGAGAUAGAAGUAUUGAAAUCAAUAUAUGAAGGAGAUGAAAACUUCAAACAAGUUGACGCCACAACCUAUCAAUAUAAGUAUAUUGAAGGUGAGAAGUCAUUUAUUUUGGAAAUAAAAUGGGGCCCGACAUACCCAACAGAUAAACCCAGCUUUAAUUUGAAUAUAUUCUAUAAUCAAAAUUUAUUACCAUCUGUUAAAGAGAAGAUAUUAAGUAUAGUAGACGCAGAAGCUGAACAGUGGCUUGGAUGUGCAAUGACAUACACUUUAUUUGAAUGUUUGAAGGAGAAAUUGACAGAAAUACUCGCAGAGCAAACGGAAGAGGUGGUGGUGUCCAGCAGAGUAGAGAAAAUAGUUUUAGAUGACCAGAAUGAAGUCUCAAAGAAACCAGAGAAGAAGGAGCAUUUAACGAAGGCUCAAAAGCGGAGAGCUUGGGACAAGGCGGAGAUCGGCAGGGCGGGGGAAAAGCCACGAGGGUGGGACUGGGUGGAUAUCGUCAAACAUUUAUCCCAAGCCCCCCACCAGCCUGCCUCAUGACACUCGACCACGUAACUGCGUUGUACGCCAUUCCUCAUGCUGACUCUGAAUGGUGCUCUUAUAAAUAAAUGUGUUUAUAGCCAA